AUGGGCACCUUACUGCGAUACCUGACUACUGGGGAGGGGUCCGAUCUUAUCCUCAUCUGCAAUGGGGAGUUCUUUUUCGUUCACAGGCCGAUUGUUGCCGCUAAUUCACGGUUGCUGAGGGCAGAUGCGUGUACAUCAGUGCUAUUUGACGGUGAAGCCAUUAUGGUCAACGACGUGUCACCUACUGCACUGGGGAAAAUUCUCACGUUCAUCUAUCAUGGUGACAUUCCGGAGUCGUAUCAGAAGUCCCUGCUAUCCAACGCCUUUUCUCACCUGCCUCUGCAUCAAAAGUUCCCCAUCACAGACAAAUUCCUCUCCACAGUGAAAGGCAAGCCAAUCACGAUCGAUCUCAACGACGGCACUACCAGGACGACAGACAUCGUUACCAAUAAGCAGAAGUGGGCAAUCAUGCUGAGCAAGCAGGCUGCGCUGAAGGACCCAUACGACAUGGAUGCCUGCAGGGACUACGCCGAAGUCAUCUCCGAGGUAGAUUUGUAUUUCGCGGCGGAGAAGCUAGAGAUUCCUGCGCUAAAGGGAAUAGCAAUGGGCAAAGUGUCGGCCUGGUUUGAGGUCGAACUACAGGCAGGAUUUCCACUCUCUUGCGACUUCCGCACAUGCGCCAUUUAUGUUCUCAGAGAGCACAGGGAGUUUGCAAAACUAUUCAUUGGCGUCUGCGCAAAAUACCUGCCGGUGGUGGAGAAAGAUAGUGCCUUGGUGUCUCUGAUCGAAGAGCUCCAUCCGAUGACCUGGAACGCAAUGAUGUCCGUUCAGCACCAGUUGGCCACGCGUCUGAGUGAGGCCAUUCAGGAAUUGGAAAAGAGCAAGGACCAGGUUUCAGUUCUGGAGUCACGUCAUCUCCGACAGAAGUCCGCAUCAGAGAACCUUGAGAAGAUGCUGGAGUCUAAGGUGGAGACGUUGUCAAGGUCUCUGGCAUCAGCUGAAGCCAGAGUUGACACAGCUGAGGCAACGGUACGUCAGCUGGAGGAUUCGCACGUGUCUUUGCAACAAGAGUUGCUCGCGGAGAAGGUUUCUGUGCUGAAGAUGGAGGAUGCGAACAAGGCGGUGCAGAAAUACAAGUCUCAGAGCGUUAAGCCUGCGCUUCAAAAGCUCGCUGAGAAGGUCGAAGACCUGGAGAGAGCAGUCGCCUGCAAAGAUCAGGCGCUGCAGCAGUCACGGUCGGCCAACCAAAAAAUCAAGGAUGACCUUCGCUAUGAGAACGAGAGUCUACGUGCGGAGAUUGGGAUGAUGAAGAAUGCUUUCGAUCUCUGCAAGAGCUUUGUGAACUAUGAGCAUGACUGCCCACGCUGUCGUCGUGGAUGGAACAUCCGGAUCGGCCACGACCAAUACACUUCGAUCAACAUCGGGUGCAAAUGUUGCGAUUUCAAGAAGUGGUACGAUGGUUAG